GCCGGCUCGGUGGCGGGCGUUGGGCCGGGUGCCACCGCGUUGGACGCCGGUGCGCGCGGCGGAGAUGCUGCAGGUGCGGCCCGGGCUGUACCUGGGCGGAGCGGCCGCCGCGGAGCCGGGCCGCCUGCGAGAGGCGGGAGUCACGGCCGUGCUGACGGUGGACGCGGAGGAGCCCGACCUCCAGGUGGAGGGCCUGCGGCGGCUCUUCGUGCCCGCACUGGACGAGCCCGAGACCGACCUGCUGAGCCACCUGGGCCGCUGCGUGGCCUUCCUGGGCCAGGCCCGCGCCGAGGGCCGCGCGGCGCUGGUGCACUGUCAUGCAGGAGUCAGCCGCAGUGUGGCUGUAAUGACUGCUUUUCUGAUGAAGACUGACCAACUUACCUUUGAAAAAGCCUAUGAAAACCUCCAGACUAUCAAACCAGAGGCCAAGAUGAAUGAGGGUUUUGAGCGGCAACUGAAAUUAUACCAGCUCAUGGGAUGUGAAGUCGAUACCUGUAGUGCAAUUUAUAAGCAAUAUCGUUUGCAAAAGGUUACAGAGAAGUAUCCGGAACUGCAGAGCUUACCUCAGGAACUCUUUGCUGUUGACCCAACCGUGGUUCCACAAGGAUCGAAAGAGGAGGUUCUCUACAAAUGUAGAAAGUGCAGGAGGUCUUUAUUUCGAAGUUCGAGCAUUUUGGAUCAUAAUGAAGGAAGUGGCUCCAUAGCCUUUGCCCACAAGAGACGGGCACCAUCCCUCGUGCCUGUCACGGGGAGUCGGGCUCAGUGCACAUCCUAUUUCAUUGAACCUGUGCAGUGGAUGGAACCCGCCCUGCUGGGAGUGAUGGAUGGGCAGCUUCUGUGCCCCAAAUGCAAUGCCAAGUUGGGUUCUUUCAAUUGGUAUGGCGACCAGUGCUCCUGUGGUAGGUGGAUAACUCCUGCUUUUCAAAUCCAUAAGAACAGAGUGGAUGAAACGAAAGCGCUGCUGGUUCUGGGAUCACAAACGAGAAAAAUGUGAACUUGUGACAUUUGAUAUCUGAAAAAGAAACUCGCUGUAUGGUACAUGCUACUUGCUUCUCAUCGCUCACACGGCAUCCUGGCGUUAGACUGUCAGCGUUUCAUUUGAAAUGUGAGAAGAUGCACUCACUUGAUGUGCCUUGGACACUGUUUAAGUAUAAAGACUACUUCAUAUGGAAAUAAAAACUUUUUUCCUCCUAAGUCCUUACCCAAGGAUACUUUUUUUUAUUGAUUUGGGAGAGAGAGAAACAUUGAUGUGAGAGAGGAACAUCAAUUGGUUGUCUCCAUACGAGCCCUGACUGGGGAUCAAACCUGAAACCUGGGUAUGUGCUCUGACCGGGAAUCAAACCCUUGACCCUUCAGUGCACAGAACAGUGCUCCAACCAAUUGAGCCAGGGCUCAAAACCUCUUCAUCAUGUAAAUUACACUUUAUUUGAUAUUAAAAUCUAUACCCCAGAUACUUCCUCUAUUUCAUGUAUUUUAAAGAGUUCUGGUUUUGAGAAUGUUAGUUAUGUGAUCUUAAGAUCUGGAUGAACAAAAGUAUGUAAAAAUUAGAAACUAUCAUAUUUAAAUAGAGAUAUUCUUUUAUUUCUAGAAAUCUCUUUUUAGAGAUACUAGUAAAUCUACAUGUCUGGAUUUUUCUUGCAAAUGUAGAUGGAAAGGCUAUGAGGAAAACACUGACUAUGGUGUAGUUUUCUGUCACUGUUCAGGAAGUCCAGGUAUCUAAAAUUCUAGAAAAGUGUGUUUAAGACUCCUUUUUUUAAAAAAAUGUUUUUAUUGAUUUUAGAAAGAGGAAGGGUUAGGGAGAGAAACAUCAAUUUGGUUGCCUACCACACAUGCCAGGGAUCAAACCUGCUACCCAGGUACGUGCCUUUGGACAGGAAUCCAACCUGAAACCCUUCAGGGAGCAGGCUCUGCUCUAACCAAUGUGCCACACUGGUCAGGGCAAUUAGAGCUUUUUAAGAUACAAGAUUGCUGUAUAAAAAUCAAUAAUUACUCUACCCCAGGAGUAACUGAAUUAAAAAAUUGUAAAUCAAGACUGUAAAACUAUUAAAAGGAAAUUUAAAAAGAUCUUGACCUCA